AUGAGCGACUUGACCCUCGAUCCGGAAGCUGCCAUAGCAGUGGGCGUUAUUGUUGGCUUGCUGUCAACAUGCGUUCAAUCGGUGGGCCUGACAUUGCAGCGCAAGUCGCACAUGUUGGAGGACGAGAAAGAGGACCAUGUCUCGCGACGGCCCCCAUACAAGCGACGGAGGUGGCAGAUUGGCAUGUUCUUGUUCUUGGUCGCGAACAUCAUCGGAUCGACAAUCCAGAUUGUAGCCCUUCCGUUACCACUCUUGAGUACACUUCAAGCAUCCGGACUGGUAUUCAACAGCAUCCUGGCAAGCCUGUUACUGAAAGAGCCAUGGACAUGGCGGACAGCGUACGGCACGAUUUUUGUUGCUGCGGGUGCUGUUCUGGUUAGCUACUACUCUGCCAUGCCCGAGCCCAGUCAUUCCCUUCGAGAGCUGUUGAUAUUACUGGGUGAGCCGAGCUUCUUGGUUUGGUUCAUCCUGUCUUUAUUCUUUGCUAUCGCUGUGAUUGUAGUCACAUUCACACUUCGCAAAUGCAUUUCGGCGCAAAGAAGGCAAAGUCCUCGGGUCUUACUCGUCAACGGGAUGAUAUUUGGCUUGGUCUCUGGCAUUCUCUCGGCCCAUGCUUUACUCCUAGCAAAGAGCGCUGUUGAGCUUAUUGUUCGCAGUCUUUCGAGCCGCAACAACCAAUUCAAGACCUGGGAGCCAUGGGUCCUGAUCCUGGCGUUUCUGGCGCUCUCUCUGUCGCAGCUUUACUACUUACACCUAGGCCUGAAGCUCAUUUCGACGAGCAUCCUCUAUCCGUUUGUAUUCUGCAUCUACAAUAUCGUGGCCAUCCUCGACGGGCUCAUUUAUUUCCAGCAGAUGCACAAGCUGCCACCUCUGCAUGCUGGUCUCAUCGCGGUGGGAACAGUCCUACUUUUAGCCGGUGUCUUGGCGCUCAGCUGGAGACUGCAAGACGACGAGGACGACGAUAAUCACGCAGCAAAGACUGAAAUUCCACAAACGGUGUUAGCCCCGGGAAUGGGCUUCGUUGGGGAUCCAGAUACUGGCUCGGAGGACUCAGAUUCAAUACACACUGAUGAUGACGUGGAGAUUGAAAGAGAGAUUGAUGAACAUACCAAUCUCAUUCGCAAGUCACUUCGGGGAAGCCAUAGCACAACCAAUAGGAUCCCGAAUUACGUUCCCGGGCAAAUGCAUGUCCACACGAGCAAGCGACGCCAUCGGGCAGCAACACUCAGAGAAGUUAAGGCCAUAUGGGAGGCGCUUGGCGAUGACGACCAGUAUGGUACAUUCGACCGGCCAGAGUCUUCGAGGUCCAAUCCGGUCCGACCUGCUACUUCUUUGCAGCAUCGCAGGAGACGCCGUUCAAGCGCAGGCAAGACGCUCGAACGGGAGCCCGAAGAUAUGGGCGUUAGCCUCGAGCAAGGAAUUUCACGUGCAAGCACGAUGCCCGCGCAGCCAUACAGAUCAAGGCAAAGACGGAAGAGCUCGUAUCACGGCAGCGCGCUGUUCUCGGAUCUGCUCAGGAGCCACUGGUGGCAAUUCAAGCGAAGGGACGAUGACCAGGAGGACGGGCCUCCUCAAUCACCGGGCCAGCAAAGGCAUGAUGCAUGA